GGCUCGUUCACCCCAUCCAUACAACAAGGAUGGCGCCGAGGGUGCUUACCGAGGAUGAUCGCAGGCGCAUAGGCGCGUUCAAUACGGCCAUGGAGCAGGCCAUGAGUGGAAUCACCGAGUACGACCCAGAGGAGUUUGACAGGGUGCGCCAAGCCGUUUGGGAUGCCCACCCUAUCGAGGACGAGGUCCGCGAGGCAUACGCGGAGGAGGACUUCAACAACUCAGCCGAUCCGCUGAAGGAAGUCGAGGCGACACUAAAGCAUCGUUCAUUUAAAGCCGACGCGCCGUGGGGGCUUGCCGUGUAUAGGGUGGCAUACGGAGAUGAUGCUGCGUGGGACCGAAUGCUUCAGCAUCUGCACGAGAGCGUCGAGUCCAUUCAGCAAGAACCCGUCAAUCAGCAUCUGUAUCCGCGCCAUCGGUUCGAAAUAAUGGAUGACAAGAGCCAAUUCGACGGGGCGACCAUUUCCCAACUGCGCGACGAUUUUUCCAAGUGGGUGUUACAAGAGUACAGGCGCAACUGCAAAGAGAGCGAGCGUCCCUCCGUUGAGGACUCUGAAGCCGAUGAGGAAGGGAGAACGCAUGGCUACUCUGGCGGGGCACGCUACAACUUCUUCUUGGUCGUGGAUGACAUCUGUCUCGAAUCCAUGGAUCAGGCGUGCGGCGCCGUGGUCAAGGCUGUCCAAAGGACGUGGUCUGCUGAGCGAGACGAAGGCGGCCGGUACUCAGUGGAAGAGAUACAGGAGCUGGGACCGAUACAGGACGACUCCGUAUGGGAAGGGGGGUUGACGGAGAGCUCCCUCGAGAACGUGGGCUGGAUGUACAUGGAAACCACCGAUUACGUUUCUUCGCUGGAGUCGUUGAGCCAGCCUGGCAAUUGGGAGGACGAGUACCUGAGACCCCCCCAGCUACGGUGGCAGGAAGACUUUGACGAUGCGCCCGGGUCCUGGAGGAGAGCGAGCAGUCCGCGGGCACAAGGAGUGUAG